AUGACCCGACUUUUCGAGACGGAGGCCGACACCCUCAACAUGGACCGCGUGCGACUUCUGCGACGACAUAUCCUCUACAACUCCAACCGAGACCGUCUUCCCCCUUACACCGCUUGGCUCAAGUCCGAGUCCAAGGAGAACCCUGGUACCAAGUUGCCCGAGCUUGCCAAGCGGUACUCCGCUAUGUCCGACUCUGAGAAGGCUGAGAUUGCUAGACAAUACGGCCCCGACGCCUCUGAAGAGGGCAAUGUGUACGAUAAGUACGACUACAAGACCAUCAGAUACCCCAAGCUGUCCGGUCUCAACGUGUACCUGGCAGAGGCACUCAAGGACCAGACUCGAGUCUUGGAGGACAACAAGCUCAAGUCCACGAUCGCCGAGUGGUCCGCUCUUCCCGAGUCCAAGAAGCAGCACUACAACGAUCUCGCCAAGAAGAAGAACGAGUCCAACGCUUCCCGUCUGCUAAAGAUUUUCGGCGAGGUCAAGGAUCUGUACGAGCAGGACAACCUUGCUAUUGGCGGACGUAAAUAA